AUGCUGCACCGCCUCCCGCACUCCAUCCGCGCAAUUCGCCCGUCGCGCACCUUUUCGGCCUCUGCCGUCCCGCGUGUGCCGCUCUUUAUCGAUGGGAAGUUCGUCCAGUCGACGACCGACAAGUGGAUCGAUCUCCUCAAUCCAGCCACGAACGAGGUGCUCUGUCAAGUGCCAGAAGCCACGCCACAGGAGAUGCAACAGGCGACGCAAGCCGCUGCCCGUGCCUACAAGACGUGGAAAGAAGUGGGCGUUCAGCACCGUCAGCGCGUCAUGCUAAAGCUGCAGCAGCUGAUCCGGGAACACACGGAGGAACUGGCACUUGCUAUCACUCAGGAACAAGGCAAGACGCUCGCGGAUGCGCGGGGAGACGUGUUUCGUGGCUUGGAAGUCGUGGAACACACGUGUGGAGCGGCGACGCUCAUGAUGGGCGAGACAGCAGAGAACUUGGCCACGUCGCUCGACACGUACUCGUACAAGCAGCCCCUUGGCGUCUGUGCGGGCAUCUGCCCGUUCAACUUUCCAGCCAUGAUCCCGUUGUGGAUGUUCCCGACUGGCACAGUGACGGGCAACACGUACGUGCUCAAGCCAUCGGAGAAAGACCCGGGAGCGACAAUGAUUCUUGCUCGUCUGGCGCAAGAAGCAGGGCUUCCAGACGGCGUGCUCAAUGUCAUCCAUGGUGCUCAUGACACGGUCAAGUUCAUUUGCGAUGCGCCGGAGAUCAAGGCCAUUUCGUUCGUGGGUGGCAACCAAGCAGGCGAGUUCAUUCACUCGCGUGGCAGUGCCAAUGGCAAACGCGUGCAGGCCAAUCUAGGAGCCAAGAACCAUGCUGUCAUCAUGCCCGAUUGUGACAAGGAACAGGCCAUUGGCGCUCUUGCGGGUGCUGCUUUCGGAGCUGCUGGUCAGCGUUGCAUGGCGCUAUCGGUUGUGGUCUUUGUCGGCAAGUCGAAGGAGUGGGUCCACGAUAUCGUAGAGAAGGCCAAGGCGAUGACAGUCAACGGCGGUCUCGAACCUGGCACGGACGUGGGUCCUCUCAUCACGGUAGCAGCCAAGGAGCGUGCCGAGCGUCUCAUUCAAGAAGGUGUGGACAAUGGAGCGGACCUGCUUCUCGAUGGCCGCAACGUCAAGGUGUCCAAGUACCCGAAUGGAAACUUUGUCGGCCCUACCGUGCUCAACAACGUCGGUACGGAUAACCCGGCGUACGUGGAAGAGAUCUUUGCUCCCGUCUUGGUGUGUACGGCCGUCGAGACGCUGGAAGAAGCGAUUGAGCUCAUCAACCGCAAUCCGUACGGCAACGGCACUUCAAUCUUCACGUCAUCGGGUGCCGCUGCUCGCAAGUUCCAGCACGAAGUCGACGUGGGUCAAGUCGGAAUCAACGUGCCCAUUCCAGUUCCUCUGCCCAUGUUCUCCUUCACUGGCUCACGAGCAUCGAUCCGCGGCGACUUGAACUUUUACGGCAAGGCUGGCAUCAACUUCUACACGCAGAUCAAGACGGUGACGGCGCUGUGGGACUACAACGAGAAGACGCACUACAGCACUGUCAUGCCGACGCUCGGCCAGAAGUAG